AUGGCUGAUAUUCUGACCCUUGUCAGACAUGACUUACUUUUAAUGGCUAUUCAUCGGAGUGUAGGUGAGAAUAGAGCUAUUUUGACAAAAAACUUAAAUAUACAUUUCUGGGUAAUGAUGUUGAAAAAAUAUUUGCGCUCACUUGAAUCAGCAGUACUCACAUAUCAUUCCGUCAAAUCGAUAUGGUUGGAGCUUAGUGCUGCGUCAUCAACAUUAUCUAGAAAGGAAAAUUCGUCUUAUCGCGAUGGAAAUGAAAACGAUGAAGACAAGUUUAAAAUUAGGUCUAAGAAGCAACCUCAACGACGAGCAGAUUAUCGUACAUUUCAUGAGAUUACUACACGUUGGGCGGACAACGAUGCAUUUGGACACGUUAAUAAUGCCACGUAUUACGAAUUCUUCGAUACAGCAAUAACUCAUUGGCUAUACACUAAAAAUCUAAUGCACCCGAUAAAGGGUGACCAUGUUUUUGUUGCAGUCGAAACGGGUUGUGUAUUUCUACAUCAAGUCGCAUAUCCUGAUCGAAUUACAAUGGGUUUAAGAAUUGCACGACUGGGCAAUACCUCAGUGAGAUGGGAAUUAGCUGUGUUUCGAGACGAUGUCGAUACAUCUGCCGCCGAAGGACAUUUCGUUCACGUAUAUGUUAAGCGUGAUGAUCGACGACCGGUAAUAAUACCCGAUCAUGUGCGGAAAUUACUGUCACCAAUGGUCAUGACGAAAGUAUGA